AUGAAGCUUAUGUUGGCUCUCUUGAACGGGCUUUUCAUUGUCCCGGCCAUCUUGGCCGCUCCUCACGCCCGCACCAAGCGUGGUGAGAAGCCUGUCGGCAAGGUCGAUCCCGAAACUGCCUCGGACUGCACGUACUGGGAAGAGAAGACUGAUGCCUCUGUGACUUGUGAUAGUCUCCAAGCGGCGUGGUCCAUCUCGGCCAACGACUUUCGUAAGUGGAACCCCCUCGUUAAAGAUGACUGCAGCGGCAUGAAGAUUGGCAACUCGUACUGCGUCGAGGUCAAUUUUGGUCUUCCCAGGAGCACAACCACCCAGCCAACUACCGUGCCUAGCACUACUUCCACCGGUAAUGGCGUAACCACACCUACUCCGACCCAGCCCAACAUGGUUGACAACUGUAACAAGUUCUACUUUGUCAAGGAGGACGAGAGCUGCGCCGACAUUGCCUCCGCCAACGGCAUCAACGUCGACGACUUUGGAAAAUGGAACCCCAAGGUCGGCGCCCAGUGCACCGGUCUGUGGGCGAAGACAUACGCCUGCGUAGGCGUCCUUGGCUCGACCGGCAGCCCGACGGCCGUGCCGUCGACCACGACGACUACCGGCAACGGGGUCGUCACCCCCACGCCUACUCAGCCUGGCAUGGUCGACAACUGCAAUAAGUUCUACCUUGUCAAGGAAGGCGAUGGCUGCGCCGACAUUAUCACCAACAAUGGCAUCAGCAUGGAGGAUUUCGCCAAAUGGAACCCCAGAGUUGGCCCUCGAUGCACGGGGCUCUGGGCCAAGACGUAUACCUGCGUCGGUAUUCUUGGCUCACAAACGGACAAGCCAACUGCUCCUCCCAACGCAGUCAAGACCCCCUCCCCCAUUCAGCCCGACAUGAUCAACUCGUGCAACAGGUUCCAUUUUGUGGAAUCCGGCCAGAGCUGCCAGGACAUUGCUUCUCGCUACGGUGUUACCGUUUCCGAGUUGACCAACUGGAACCCCAAGGCUGGCAGCGACUGUUCUCGCAUCUUUGGCCAGACUUGGGCUUGCGUUGAUCCCAUUCGCAGCUUCAGCUUCGACGACGGUACCAAGAACCAGUGGAUCGUGGCCGAGGGCGGCGCCGACACCUCGUCCAAGGCCCUUGCCAUGACCUCCUUCGGCAACAAGGCCUACUACGACGUCAACUUCAACGACGUGGCCUUUGAGGCGCGGAUGACUCUGCGCGCUGGCCGGUCUGGCAACGCCGGCAUCAUGUUCCGCGCCUCAGACAUUGGCAAAGGCGGCGACCAGUACCAUGGCUACUAUGCCGGCGUCAACUUGGCCGGCGACCUGGUCCUCGGCCGCGUCAACAACGACUGGAGAGAGCUGGGCCGCGCCAAGGUCGGCGUCUCUGCCGACCGUCCCUUCACCAUCAAGGCGCUGGCCACGGGUGAUCAGAUCGCCGUCUACGUCAACAACGUGGACCGUCCCGCGCUGACCGUUCGCGACGGGACCUUCCGCUCUGGCAAGGUUGGCGUGCGCACGUACGAGACCGAGGCAGUUUUUGACGACCUGUCUGUUUCGACGGUCGUGUUUGACGACUUUGAGCGCAACCUCAUAAACUGGCAGAUCUACGACGGCGGCUUCGAUGCCCGCACCCGCGAGCUGGUGGCCAGCGACGUCACCAGCGGUAAGAUUGCGUACCAGGCCACGUUUGAGGACUUUGUCCUCGAGGCCGACGUGGCCCUGACGCACAGCGGCGACAAUAGAAACGCCGGCUUCUUGUUCCGCACCACCGAUGUCGGCAACGGCCCCGACGCCUACAAGGGCUACUACGUCGGCAUCGACGCCUCCAGCAGGGUCAUCCUGGGCCGGGCCGGCGGCGGCUGGAAACAACUCGACCAGAACAAGGUCGGCAUCCGCGUCAACCAAAAGUAUCGGCUGAGGGUGCGUGCCAUCGGCAACUCCAUCAACGUCUGGGUCGACGGCAACCCCUACAUCCAGUACCGCGACUCGACGUACAAGAAGGGCAUGGCUGGUGUUCGCGUCUACUCUACUGGCGCUGUCGUUGACAACUUUACCAUUCAAAAGAUUUGA